AUGUCAACGAGCUCGGGAAGAACAGGGGCGCCAUGCUAUUGGUGCGGCCACCAUCCGAACGAGCAUGUUAAGCAUAAAUUCUCGAAAUGCAAAAAGUGCCGCAAAAUCUUUGAGAUAUGUCAAUCUACAGUUCAUGGGUAUGGACCUCAGACCGGAGGGUACAGGAUAUGCAAAAAGCCGUGUUUUUGCGGCAAAGAAUUCUACCCAGAAGGGUACAAGGACGCUGUCGAACUCAGGCCGCAUGAGCAUCAGCAAAGUCACCCAUUGUGGAGACCAAGAACACCCACAGAGCCCGAUCCCAUGAUCGACGAAAGUUUGACCGAGAGUUCAUUCGCAGCACAAUCACCAUCCACCCCUCUUAGAGACGGCUCGGGCACUGGCAGCACUACGCACCAACGAACGAGUUCGGGUUCCACAGACGAGCUAGCAUUGAGUCCACUAGUAGGCGCAUUUAGAGGUCUUCAUAUAGAAACAGAUCAAUCUGCAAGCAGUGCAGGCAAAAGUAGUGUAGGAGAAUGGUCUGGGUGGUACGUCAAGGGCAACUUGUUGGAAAACUGGCGCUACAACACUGCCUACCCAGAUGGCAUCGAGUAUAUGCAUACUCAGAAAGAGACAGCACAAUCUCAGGAACUGGAAGGAGGGGAGGUUGAUGAACUAGCAGGUGGUACCCCGAGUGGAAGUGGGCAUGACUGGUGUCCAUGGUAUAAGAAAGACGGUCGAUGGGAGUGUUAUCGUUCAAACCCCGAUUUCCCAGAUGGCCGUGAAUUUACACGCAGGCCCAUGGACGGAGACGGAGACGGGGACGGAGAGCGCGAGGACAUAGGUGAAGGGAGUUCGAAGAAGGCAGGGAAAGGAGCUAAGAGCAAGGGUAGAGGAAAAGAUAAAGGCAAAGGCAAAGGAAAAGAGCGAGAGAAAGAUAAGCUAGAUGGCAAGGGGCAGGGGCGGCAAGAAGACAAAGGCAAGGGGAAAGAUAAAUUUAAAUAA